AUGUCUCCGCAACUCCCCACGAUCUUGUUCACGCCCGGCGCUUGGCACCGACCAUGGGCCUUCGACAUGGUGCGUAGUGACCUGUCGAGCCGCGGCUACCCAACAGCUGCCGUGACUCUGGCCAGUGUCGGGAGUACGGAUCCCAACUUGGGCCUCGACGCGGACGCUGCCGCAGUCCGCGUCCAAGUGCAGACGCUCGUCGACGAGGGACGCGAUGUCGUCCUAGUCGCCCACUCCUAUGGCGGUAUCCCUGUCGCGAACGCUGUUAAGGGCCUCAACUACAAGGAUCUCGCCGUCCAGAACAAGCCCGGCGGCAUCAUCAUGGUUGUUUACAUGACCUCCUUUGCCGUUCCAGCUGGCGCGGGUCUGUACAACGGUGGAGUCAUGCCUACAUGGUGGAACGUCACGAACGGCUUUAUCUUUCCCGAAGACCCGGUGUCUGUUUUCUAUGGCGACGUUCAGCCUUCGCUUGCCGCCGAGGCGGUGGCCGCUCUUCUUCCUAUGCCUUUCAAGACGAUGACGGAUAAGUCCGGCUACGAGCCUUGGAACAACGGGUUCGAAAUGGGUUACAUCUUUGCGGAAAACGACCAGGCCAUCCCGAUCGAAUUACAAAAGAGCAUGGAAGCCGCGUUCCCCGCCUCCUCUUUCACGGCGACUCUGAACUCCAGCCACUCGCCAUUCCUCAGCAUGCCCAAGGCCCUUGGCGACGUUCUGCAGCAGGCAGCGGAGGAUGCCGUUAUCAAGAAGGCGUCUGCCUAA